AUGGCCAGCGCAGAAAAGGACCCCCAAGCCAUCGCCCACGCAAGGACGCUGUCCAACGUCCCGUGGUGCGAGCAAUACGAACGAAUGAUAUCCGGCCAACUAUACGACGCCCAAGCCAAAGAGCUGGUUGACGGCCGCUUCCGGGCCCGGCGCGCCAUGCACGAGUACAACACGCACUUCCCGCACGACGCCACGCCCGAGUCGCUUGCGGCAGACCGGCAGGAGAUGCUCGCCGCCACGUUUGGCCGGCUGGGCAAGCGGGCGUUUGUCGAGCCGCCCCUCAGCAUCGACUACGGAUGCAACAUCACCGUCGGCGAUGACUUUUACUCCAACUUCAACCUCGUGAUUCUGGACUGCGGCCUGGUUCGGAUCGGCAGCCGGGUGCAGUUUGGUCCGUCCGUGUCCAUCUACGCGGCGACGCACGAGACGGGCGUGCAGUCGCGGAGGGACGGGGUCGAGUAUGCGCGGGGGGUGGAUAUCGGGGACGACUGCUGGAUCGGCGGCAGCACGACCAUCAUGCCGGGGGUGAGGAUCGGCAAGGGAUGCACGGUGGGGAGCGGGUCGGUGGUGACGAGGUCGAUCCCCGACUUUUGCGUGGCGGUUGGCGCGCCGGCGCGGGUGGUGAAGUCGGUAGAGGCGGUGGCUGAUCUGUAG